UGCCCUUAUCAAGUCCUUUGAUUUAACUUUAUUUUCUUCUUUCUCGGCCAACAAAACUAUAACUAGAAAACGAGAGGGGAACAACUCUUAUCAUAAAAAUAUUCCAUAGAAGCAGGCCUGCCUGCUCAUCUCUUUCAAGGAAAUUUCCACCAGGUCAAGAACCAGCAAAGUCCCACGAAGUUAGGAUCCUGGCUCCUUCAACCCAGGCACUACCUUUCCUUCAUCUAUCUCUUUUUCCAUGGCCGCCACCUUUUGUAUAUUGAUCCCAACCAUCACUCUGUGGAACACUGCACCAACCCAGGCACCUUCCUCUCUGGACAACUCUACUGGCCGUCCUUCAAACGGCUACAAUAGCCUUCUAUAAAGCCUUCACCUACAUGACCCUUCUUCCCUCAUCAAACCAAAGCCAGAACAUCUCCUACCUUUCCAUCUCCCAUUCUCCCUCGCCUACUAAUAAACUAAAAACCAAUGGAGAAAGCAUCGCCCAGAAGUCUCCAUCAUUCCAUCUCUUUGGCAGAACCAGUUGGGCUCCUCUUUUUUUGCAGAAUACUCAGCUGGUUAAUCAUGACACUCCGGAAGUUCUCCCUGAGAUCAUUUUCCUUCCUCCAUUCCUAUACUGAGCUCUUCGCUUUCUCGUCGGCGGUUGACGAAGAUCAUCUUAUGAAGAGCACACCAAGUCAGCCAAGAGGGAACAUGCAUCUCAGCCGAGAAGAUGUGGAGAUGGUUAUGGGGAGGAUGGGACUGUGUUGCAGCCAGGAAGAUGAUCAGCUGGGGUGCAUGGGAUCUGAUGAGAUUUCUGGUGUAUUUAAUGAGAAGGAGCCUAGUCUGUGGGAAGUGAAGGAGGCCUUCUGUGUCUUCGAUGAGAACGGUGACGGGUUCAUUGAUGCACUUGAGCUGCAGAGAAUUCUCUCCAUGCUGGGCUUCGGCGAAGGAUCGGACUUCGAUUCAUGCAAACGGAUGAUUGCGGCGUAUGAUGAAAACAGAGAUGGCAGGAUUGAUUUCAAUGAGUUUGUCAAGUUUAUGGAGAUUAGCUUUUGCUGAUGCCAUUUUUUUUUCAUUUUUCUUCUCUUCCUUCAUCCAAGUUGU